AAAGCGUACAUUCAGCUCGCGUACAGCGGACUUGUGCCCCUCCACAGCGUGUCAUGACGUUAGGCUAGCCCCUCCAAGCGCAUGUACAAGGGGGCGGAUAAUCUUCUGGUUCGCGGUAGUUGUAAGAGGGCUGUAAAUUUCACGUCACAGGUUUGUAAUAUGUCAUCGAAAAUGUCUCUGGGUGGCAUUGAAAAGGUAGGCGCGCGCUGCGCGUAUUACAGUCUCCCCAGAAGUGAACAUCUUUCUACCCAUUCACAUCACAACUACACACCAAACAUCAGCCCAAGAUGAUGUCCCAAGCAGCCCGCCAGGUCGAAAAGGCCGUUGGCCAUGGCGACAACGCCACCACCGCGCAAAACGUCACCAACCCUGGCAACGACGAGAGCACCGCCAACUACUCAGAGACCAUGAAGGCUCUGGCAUGGUACGGCAAGAACGAUGUUAAAAUGAUCGACGCACCGAAGCCUAAGAUUCUCGAGGACCGCGAUGUCAUCGUCAAGGUCACUGGCUCCACAGUUUGCGGUUCUGACUUGCACUUGCUUCACGGCGCCGUCGUGGAGAUGCAGAAGGGUGACAUUCUCGGACACGAGUUCUGUGGUGUUGUAGACGAGUGCGGACCUGGUGUCACAAAGUUCAAGAAGGGUCAACGAGUCGUUGCCUCUUUCCAGAUCGCCUGCGGUGACUGCUACUACUGCAAGCAGAAGCUGUCCUCCCAGUGCGAGAAGACCAACUCCAACACCAUCGAGAACGCCAUGUACGGUGGCCGGACAGCAGGCAUGUUCGGCUACUCUCACUUCACUGGUGGAUAUGCUGGCGGCCAAGCAGAGUACACCCGUGUGGCUUACGGUGACGUCAACCUACUGCCGCUUCCCGAUGAUGUUCCGGAUGAGCAGGGUCUCUUCCUCUCCGACGUUGUGUGCACCUCGUGGCACGCAGUCGUCGACACUGGUGUCAACAAGGGAGACGUCGUUGCUAUUUGGGGCGCUGGCCCGAUCGGACAAAUGGCAGCAGACUUCUCUCUGAUGCAAGGCGCAUCAAGAGUCAUCAUGAUCGACCAAAACUGGCGUCUUGACUUUGUCAAGUCCAAAUACCCCAACGUCGAAACCAUUGACUUCUCCACCUUGGGCAAGGGCGAGUCCGUCACAAGCAAGCUCAAGGAGAUGUGCAACAACCGCGGCCCAGACGUCAGCAUUGAGUGCGCUGCCGGCGAGUACGCCAAGGGCUGGGCUCAUUACUUCGAGAUGAUGCUCGGUCUCGAGACCGACACCAGCGAGCUCAUCAACGAGAUGAUCACCAGCACACGCAACAUGGGCCGCUGCGGUAUCACCGGUGUAUACGUCGGUUUCACCAACCACUUCAACAUUGGUUCUCUUAUGGAGCGCGGUAUCCGUCUCAUCGGCAACGGUCAGGCACCUGUGCACAUGUACUGGGAGUCCCUCCUCAAGAUGAUCCAAGAGAAGCGUAUCGACCCGUCAAAGAUGGUUACCCACCGUGUCCGCCUCGAGGACUUGGACAAGGUCUACUACAAGUUUGAGAAGAAGGAGGACGGCAUGCAAAAGGUCUUUGUCGAGACCAAGUGGAGUUUCCCAGCGUGGGAGGGCAGCCCCAAGUUGACCAAGUACUAAAUCCGAUGUCAGUGUAACGAAAUUUGUAGCAUAGUUUAAUGAUGAUACCAAC